AUGGGAGAGAAUUUCUACUAUCAUUGUGGGAGACUCGGUCAUAGGUCUUGGUCAUGUGAGGGACCGCGGGCCCAAGAACCAGUUCAUAGACCGUUCUGGGGUGGUUACAAGGUGCCCCGUGGAGGCCGGCAGAGGAACACAACACCAACAAGAGUCUAUGCAUUGAUGCUGCGUGAUGCUGAGGCUACUGGAGACGUCGUGACAGGAUCCACUCAUUCUUUCAUAUCAUUAGGGUAUGCUAAGCUAUCUGGGAUAGAGGCACAACAGUUAGAUGUUGAAUUGCUAAUAGCCACGCCGACUGGAUCAGUAAUGAGAUAUAGGAGGGUACUUAAAAAAUUUCCAAUGGACAAUCAAGAGAAAGUACUAGCAGUUGAUCUUGUGUUAGUGUCGGAAAUUCAAGUGAGGAAGUUGCUUCAGGGUGGUUUCCAGGAUUAUAUUGUAUAUAUAAAGGAGAUGCCAGAAGAAGAAGUGAAACAGGCUGAUAUUCCAUUAGUUAAAGAAUUUCUAGAUGUCUUUCCAUAUGAAUUACUUGGUUUAUCACCAAAGCGAGAAAUUUAA